CAGCGUUCCCAUAAGCUUGACCUGCAGCAGAGGAGGAGAUCCUGGAUGUUCCCUGGAUCCCUGGGGGGCUGAGCUUGCUUGGCUGGGAGGCUGCAGGAGCUGCCUCGGGACACCCCCAGCGUGGAGGGGGAGCCACAGCCGUGACAUCUUCAAAGCAAAAAGGGACGUGAGGUGGCACCCAGGUGGCUCCAGGGCGUCUGAGAUAAGCCAGGAGGGCCAGCAGGGAGUAUAAAAAGGGCCGGGAGCUCCGGGCUCCUCAUCAGCUCCUCUGCCUUCUUCGUCCCGCUGAACUCGGUUUGCCUCCAGCACACGAAGAUGACCUUCCUCCAGGGCCAGUGUGACGACGACUGCUACUCCUCCUGCGGCUACGGGGGCCUCUACGGCUACCGGGGCUACGACUGCGGGAGCCCCUGCGGCUACCGGGGCUACGGGGGCCUCUACGGCUACCGCGGCCUCUACGGCGACCGCUACGGCUACGGGGGCCUCUACGGCUACCGGGGCCUCUACGGCUCCGGGGACUGCUACGGCUACGGGGGCUACCGGGGCUUCUACGGCUCCGGGGACUGCUGGGGAUACCCCGGGUUUUACUCGGGCCGCUACGGGUACCCCUACGGCUCCCGCUACGGCCGCUACGGGGGCUGCUACAGCUGGUGAACCCGGCCGGGACGGCCCUCGGGGGAAGGUCAGCCCAAGCCUGGCGAGCAGGGGUUGAUGGAGAACCUCGGCAGCAGAGGGUUUGCAGGGCACUGCCCGCCCUCCGCGGCGGCUUCGGGAGCCCUGUGCUGCCCUCGGGGUGCUUGUGAUGAUCCAUCUCCGUUCUGCUCGGUGUCUGCUGCUGCUCCUGCCACCCAGAGUCUCCCCUCGACCUAGAACUUGCUUCUCCUCGGUGCUCCAGUCCUCGGGAACCGGCUCUGAUGUUGUUUGCAACGAUGUACAAAGCCCGAGCUCUGGCCGGGUGGUGGGCAGGGUGUAAAGGUGUCUUUGGGAAUGUGGUCUCUCUGUUCUGUGUCUCUUUAUAAAGUACAUCUGCCUUUCACUCCUAUUAAAAACUUAUUCUGCAUCAA